AUGUCCACCAACGUACGAGCUGGUAACAGUAAGAGUACAUUCAAGACCCGUCGAUCGACUCCGACCCUUAUACGAACAUCCAAACUUUCAAGUGAAUACCUUCGUGAAAAGUUGAUCCCAGAGAAUGUUCGAGUGAAAUUACUGUACACCUCGGAUUUGAAUUCUAUGACAGAGAAUUGGUUAGAGGAAGAAAUUCAAAACCAACGACGAUUGGUUAAGUUCAAGUUUUCGAAAAAAUCCAUAUCACAUUUUGAAAUAUCAUUUGAUUCAAUUAAUGCUUCUGAGUUUGAUCAUACUCUCCCUAUAAUCUCAUGUAUAUACUGGAGAGAGAGAAACACACAUAUUGUCACUUCAGUAGAUAUCGUUUUGAUACUUGAAUAUUUGAUUGAGCAAAGUUUUUCUGUUGAAGAAAAGAAUAGAAUUAGAAGAAAUCUUCAAAACUUGAAACCAUAUACAAUUACUCGUAAUAAUAAGGAUGAAGAGCGCUUUUUUGCACAUUUGAUGAAAAUGGAGAACCCAAGACCUAGAAAUAUCGAAAAGGACUUGAAAGUGUUUCAGUGGAAAGAUUUACUCACUGCUGUUGAGAGAGUGGUUUCAAAGUAUUCACCAAAUUUUAAAAAAGUUCAAGAGAAAUCACUUCCAAAGAGUUUAAAAGAUAUUAUUCAUGCAGAAAAUGAUGAAGAUCCAAAUAUUGAGUCUGAGAAUGCACCCUUCUUACCAAAUGAAAGACUCAAAGUAUUAAAGAAACAAUUGCAAUUGGAUCAACUUGGUCUGCUGAGUGGGAAAUUAAAACAUACUUUAUUUCAGCAUGCAAUUAAACCAACUGCUCCGAUUCCCAUCUUACCCAACAUAGAGGACAACAAAAGUCGCGAUAGUAACAAUAUCGUAGAUACUAAAUCACCUAAACAACUGUCAUAUGCUAAUCAAGUUACCAUGGAACAGGUCCUCAAUGGUACCUCAGAACCUCAAAUUAGCCCUACAGAUGCUGAUUCUAGACUGGAUUCAGGAUCAGUGUUAGUAAGAUGUCAAAUGAAGAAUUAUCUCAGACACCUCAAAGUACUCACCUGGAACAAAUAGAUCCUGAAAAGUCAAAUUUUAACAGAGAAAUAUGCAACAGUAUGCUAGGCGGUCAAAAGACUAUUUCAAGUCAACAAUAUUUCCAAUAUCCUGCCAUGUCACAAUUAUAUAGUAAAACUCUGGAAAGACAUAGUGAGUUUAAAGCACCAGAUAAGCAUCUUCAAACAGGACCUAAUAUUUCAGCGAAAACAACGUUACCCUCACUUUCUAGCAUUAUACCCGAAUAUUUACCGCAGCAGGUACAUUCCGGUGCGCCACCGUAUCCAUCUCCAUUCGCGAUGCCGCAACUACAAACAACACCUCAGCACUCAACAUACCCACCUUCAAGAAUGCAGUCACAAGAUGAACAAGUAUAUCAAGAGAACAGCUUCGACCACAAAGAGACUAAGCAGCAAACUUCCUCCGGUGAAGUUUCCUAUGUCUUUUUCCAAAUCAGAGACAUGACUGCAAAAUAA